GUCAGAAACAGAGUUAAGCUCAGCAGGCACCGGGAGAACGGGAGUGGAGAGAAGCUCCCAGCCUUAGGGAUAACCAAGCAGCGCCGCGGCGGUCCGGGGCUUCCAGGGGAACGAACCUCCGCCACUUGAGCAAGACCCGGCUCUCCUCCCUGGCGGCCGCUCUUGCCUCCAGCUGGGGAACGCACGGGGAAUUCUCAGUUUGGUGAGCCAAGAUGGUUGCCCUCAUCAACAGGUUGGCUAAAAACUUCAUACUCCUGCCUGAGGGGCCUUAGUGGCCUCCGAGGAUGACUGUUGAUAAGCUGGAAUACAGACUCUCCUUUGAACAAACGGCAUUUCUUUAAGGAUCUUUUGCUGCUGCAACAUAUUAAAUAAAAAAAAGUGAUUUUCACCUUUUCAUGCUGUUUAACUGCUGCUUAGGCAAAACAAACAAACAAACAAGUCUUCCUCCCAGGUCAGGUGUGUCUAAAAGUGAAACGACCUCGAGGAGCGCGUGCCUGCGAAGUGGUGCGGCCUCGCGGAGGUGGAAGCCCUGGAUUUCCUAGAAAUGGAGGGUCAUGGUUAUGACCGGUUCGGAGACGGAGAGAGGGACACUUACCAGAUCGACUACCGAAGGAUUGUGGGGGACAUGGAACCAGCGCGGCCACGCAUCGCCACCAGAGACGGGGAACAGCCUCACCCGUACGGGGCCUUCGCUCUCCCGACGCCACAUGGACACGGACACGAGACCGCAGCCCAGCGGUACAGCGCCACGCGCAUCCAAGCUGGAUACGAACCAGAGAGCAUGGCUGACUACUUGAUCAGCGGAGGCACAGGUUAUGUUCCUGAGGAUGGACUCACGGCACAACAACUUUUCUCUAUUGGGGACGGACUCACGUACAAUGACUUCUUGAUCCUACCUGGUUUCAUUGAUUUCACUUCUGAUGAGGUGGAUCUAACCUCUGCGCUGACAAGGAAGAUUACCCUGAAGACUCCUCUUAUUUCAUCUCCUAUGGAUACAGUCACAGAGUCAUCCAUGGCCAUUGCCAUGGCACUGAUGGGCGGGAUUGGAAUAAUUCAUCAUAACUGCACUGCUGAGUUCCAGGCAAACGAAGUGCGCAAAGUCAAGAAAUUUGAGCAGGGCUUUAUCACAGACCCUGUGGUAAUGAGUCCCCGUCACACGGUCGGGGAUGUGUUUGAGGCCAAGAUACGACAUGGUUUUUCUGGGAUUCCAGUUACAGAGACCGGCAAGAUGGGCAGCAAGUUGGUCGGCAUAGUCACCUCCAGAGACAUAGAUUUUCUGUCCGAGAAGGACCAUGACAGACCCCUGGAAGAGGCAAUGACGAAACGGGAAGAUCUAGUUGUUGCACCAGCUGGAGUUACACUAAAAGAGGCUAACGAUAUACUGCAACGCAGCAAAAAAGGCAAGCUCCCUAUAGUAAACGACAGCGAUGAGCUGGUCGCUAUUAUUGCUAGGACUGACUUGAAGAAGAACAGAGAUUAUCCUCUGGCUUCCAAGGACUCCCGCAAACAGCUGCUGUGCGGAGCUGCCAUCGGUACCAGAGAGGAUGACAAGUACAGACUGGACCUCCUGGUGCAGGCAGGAGUGGAUGUGGUAGUUCUGGACUCUUCUCAAGGAAACUCUGUGUAUCAAAUCAACAUGAUAAACUACAUUAAACAGAAGUAUCCUGAACUCCAGGUUAUUGGAGGAAAUGUGGUGACUGCUGCUCAGGCUAAAAACCUCAUAGACGCUGGGGCGGACGCCCUGAGGGUGGGCAUGGGCUGUGGCUCUAUCUGUAUCACACAAGAAGGUAUAAAAAGGAGUUCAACGCUACGAAUGAACUGCCUAUGUUUAAAGAUGUAUAGAACCUAUCUAGCUAUCAUCUUGCGUUCUUGUUCCUCAGUGAUGGCAUGCGGACGACCUCAAGGUACAUCGGUUUACAAGGUUGCAGAGUAUGCCAGGCGUUUUGGAGUGCCAGUAAUCGCAGAUGGAGGCAUCCAAACUGUUGGACAUGUAGUAAAGGCUCUCGCCCUGGGAGCAUCGACAGUGAUGAUGGGCUCAUUGCUUGCGGCGACCACCGAAGCUCCGGGAGAAUAUUUCUUUUCGGACGGCGUUCGUCUGAAAAAGUACAGAGGAAUGGGCUCCUUGGAUGCCAUGGAAAAAAAUAAUAGUCAGAAACGCUACUUUAGUGAGGGAGACAAAGUGAAGGUGGCUCAAGGUGUCUCAGGAUCGGUACAAGAUAAAGGUUCCAUCCAUAAAUUCGCUCCUUACCUCAUCGCUGGUAUCCAACACGGCUGUCAGGACAUAGGAGCCAAGAGUUUGUCUAUUUUACGGUCGAUGAUGUACUCUGGAGAGUUGAAGUUUGAGAAGAGAACGAUGUCUGCUCAGAUGGAGGGGGGAGUCCAUGGCCUCCACUCUUACGAGAAGCGGCUUUACUGAGGCAGGAGGAAGAGGAAACAACCGAUCAGGGCCAAAUGUCCCGACCCCGGCGGCGCUGAGCAGAUGCACCGGGCGCAUGUGAUCAGACAACACAACACACAAAGAUGUCACUGCAUAUGCUCAUUGACAAUCCUCAUUGCGUCUUGUGUGUCCCUUCUGUGAUCCUCCAAAGGCAGACAAAACAACCCUCGUUAAGUCUUUAAACUUAAAGAGGGUCAAAAAGAGAAAGGCUGUAGACGAUGGAUACAUUAAGGGAUGUGUCACCACAUUAACUCUUGAUCUGUUUCCUUGUGCUCCAGCCAAGGUGUAGAGGGUUGUAAUGUAAUUAGCUCCUCUGCUGAUCCCUUUCAAGAACAAACACAUGGCAUUACUAACGCCCGGUCAAGGUUAUCGUUGGUGAUUUAAUAAAGGCCUGUCUGAAUUUACUCUAAUACCAUAAUAGAACAAAUCAACUCAUCAUGUCUUUUGCAGAAAAUCAAGCAGUCAUAUAUUUUAUUUUUAUUUGCAGAAAAUUUAAAAGCACACAGUACAAUAGUUUUUUGGCCCUUGUGAACCAAGGGUAAACGUUUAGUGCAUUUCUAACUAACAUCUCAUUGCACCAGUUAAUUGUUCAGAAAAGUAAUUUUUGUGGCUGUGAAAAUUAGGUUUUUCAAUGAUGCAUGGUUUGCUCUGAUCACCCUGCAUGUAAUUUAACUUUAAAUUAGUAAUUUAACCCAUGCUGUGUGAGUUUGGUGCUGCACUUAAUGUUGGAAGGACCAAAGCUUAGCAUCAGCCUUAAUUCUCAUUGGCAAUACGCAUUCCAAGUAAGACGUGUCUUAAAGGAGUGAUGAUGCUUUGGUUCAGAGAAUACCAGAUAACAAAACGCUUGAUUGAAAACAGUCAAAGUAUCCACAGUUUUCAUAUAUCAUAGCCCAUUUUUAUUUCUCCAUUUGAUACAUGUUGGAUUCAUCCUUUGCAAAAACACAUUGCUAAAAGCAUAACUGUACAUAAUAAAUUACAACGGUCAUUAACGGUCUGUUUUCAGGCUCAGAAUUUAAAAAUGUAAACAGUGAUUAUGGAGUCUUUAGAGAAGGGUAGCAACAAACAAGUUGUUUAAGUUUAUUUUAUCAUAGCAUUGACAACAAAAAGCUUUUCUCAAGUUUACGUAUUAGUUUUAAAUUUUGGUUUCUUUUUAGGUGAUUUGCUCAACGUCUUUGGUAUUACAUAUAUCACUCAGUGUUUCACACUGGAUGUUGUUCACAAUAACUUGUGACCAGUUAAAUGAGCCUUUGUACUAGAUGACAAAUUUAAAGGUUCCUUUCUACCUGGGGGAUAUAAACGCACAAAAAUUAUAAUUGUCUUCUUCUAAUGUCUACUGAAGGAUUCAAAAUUAUAUUUACUGUAAAUAGUGUUGUGUGAAUAAAGGUAAUUUUGACACA